UUUGACUUGGCAUCUCGGUUUAUCCGUAUAUAGGAAAGGGUACGUCUCCUCUGCCAUCCGAACCAAGCCUCCCAGGGUUUCUUUUCCCAGUUCUCGGCGAGAAGAACCCCAAAACAGCUUGGUCGCAAAACAUUGUUCCAACCCGACCGAAACAUUUUACCGGGCCAUUGACUACCUGGCAGCCUGGGUGGACGUCACAGCGCAGCAGCGUAUCAUUCUUGCGGCUGCUGCUUGCUGCUGUUGCUCUGCCAAUCCUGUGCCGAGCCGAGUCGGAACAGUCAACGGACUGGCUGCUCGACCAGACUCAACCACGAUCCUGAACUUUCGAUGACGCCGCAGUAGCAUUUUGCGACCGCCCCACAGCUGUCUUCCGUGACAAUAAGCGAGUGACUUGGCUCGCGUGUUCCACCUCGCCUCACAAAAUCCCCAAAAACCCUCCCGCUGGGCCUUUCGUUUGCGACUUUCAUGUAUCAGCAGGCUUUCGAAUCUGGGCCACGAUCGACCGACUGGGGAGUCGCAAGCCCACUGCAAGGCUCUCUCUGGCUGGCGCACAUCCACGACGACAGCCUCUAGCCUCUCAUUCUUCAAAGGGAACCGAGUUCUGAGCCCAAUUCAGUCCACUGGACAUCCACAGACCCUCUCCCCCAGGUGUCCCUUCUUAAGCCGUCAGCAUGGCUUGGGACCACCUGUCCAUCACCAAGCCACACUUGGUGUAUAUCAUCCUGGGUGGCUUCACCAGCUUGUUCAUGCUGUGUUCUUCAGUCAUCAAGGAGCGCGCAUACAUCGGCGAGGCUACAGUCGCCACCCUCUGCGGGAUCAUAUUCGGCCCUCAUGCUGCCGACCUCAUCAACCCCCAGUCAUGGGGCAGCACCGACAUCGUGACCAUCGAGUUCUCCCGGAUCGUUCUGGUCGUGCAGUGUUUCGCCGUCGGCGUCGAGUUGCCCAAGUUCUACAUGGAGAGGCACUGGAAAUCCGUCGUCUUCCUCCUCAUCCCGGUCAUGACCUUUGGGUGGCUCAUCACCAGCCUGUUCGUCUGGUGGAUGGUCCCAACGCUGAACUGGCUCGAGAGCCUGGUCGUCGCAGCCUGCGUCACCGCUACCGACCCCGUCCUUGCGUCCUCGGUUGUCGGUAAGGGAAAGUUCGCCAAGCGUGUGCCCAAGCAUUUGCGAGACCUCCUGUCCGCCGAGUCCGGCUGCAACGACGGCAUGGCCUUCCCCUUCGUCUACCUCGCCAUCUACCUGAUCCAGGACGAGCUCAACGCCAAAGACGUCACCUUCCACUGGAUCGUCUACACUAUUCUCUACGAGUGUGUCUUUGGCGCCGUGUACGGUUUCCUCAUCGGCUACUUUGCUCGCCAUGGUAUCAAGUACGCUGAGAAGCACGAUCUGAUCGACAGAGAGAGUUUCCUCGUGUUCUACUUUGUGCUAGCCCUGUGGUGCGCCGGAUCUGGUAGUAUCCUGGGUGUUGAUGACCUCCUGGUCGGCUUUGCCUGCGGCGUGGGCUUCUCCAACGACGGUUGGUUUACGGACAAGACCGAGGAGUCCCACGUAUCCAACGUUAUCGACUUGCUCAUCAACCUGGCAUACUUCGUAUACUUUGGCACCAUCAUCCCCUGGGAGCAAUACAACAGCGCGGAGCUGGGCUUGACCCCCUGGAGGCUCGUCGUCAUAGCGGUAUUUGUCAUUUUCUUCCGCCGCAUCCCCAUCAUGAUGGCGCUGAAACCUUUCAUACCGGACAUCAAAACAUGGCGCGAAGCCUUGUUUGCCGGCCAUUUCGGCCCCAUCGGAGUCGGCGCGAUCUUCAUUGCUAUCCUUGCACGCGGAGAGCUCGAACACGACGAGCCGGUUCCUCUAGCGACUGUGCCGACCAACCCGGAGACCAGGCAUUACUACCUGUUCACACUCGUGUGGCCCAUAGUCACGUUUAUGGUCAUCUCGUCCAUCAUAGUCCACGGUUCAUCCGUGGCCGUCUUCACCCUAGGCAAGCGCAUCAACACCUUGAGCAUCACCAUGUCAUACACCACGGCUCCGGAAGACGGACCAUCUUGGAUGAACAGGCUGCCGAGGAUAUCGUCGCAGUCCAAGUCGCAGGCUAGGACAAUGUCCGACACCGAGGGCGACGAGCUCAAGAUGCCGGACCUACCUCCAGGGACCUUGCCUCCCAUCGGAUAUCCUGGCAACUUCCUGAGGCGUCAGAAGGAGGAGGAUCAGCCGAGCCGGCAGGGCAGCCGCACGUCAUCACUUGCAGCGCGCAGACGUAGGAAGAAGUGGGACGACGGCAUUGGUCCUGGUGGUCCCGUGACUCAGUCGGCCAUCUUCCCGCAACGACGAAGCCAAAGCGAACAGACAUCAACCACCCUGCGUGACAGCCACUCGCCACAUGACCCCGAGAAGGAGACACCAUCUGCGUCUCGAAGGGGCUCGACAAUGGAGGAUCCCGAGAAACGGGCUGCUGAAGAGAGAGCCGUGGGCGAGGCCGAGGAGGAGCUUGAGAGAGAGGCAGCCCAGGAAGCAGCAGAGAACCAGCGAUCGGGAGAGGCUGGUGGGUCUGCCCGCAUGCAGUCUGAGAUUGAGAUCUAUGAUGAAGGCGAUCACAUUAUCGUUGAGAACCGCGACGGAGACGUGAUUGCCGUCGAGGCACCGAUCGAGGAGGAGUACAAGGAGCACAAGGUGCAAGAUCUGAAAGAGAAACUGGAAAAGGAGGCGGGACCGUCCCAGUGGACCUACGACGGGCUGAAGAAGAGGCUCGGCCACUGGCGUGACGAGGAGGUACAGAAGCGGAAGGACAAGCAGAAGAACGAGCGCCGCCACGAGCCAGCUCGCGCGUACCAGUUCGGCAACACUAUCAUUGUUGAGGACGAGGACGGCGAGGUCGUCAAGAAGUAUGAGCUGCCGUCCCAGAGGGCAGAGGGCAGCGGCGCCAUGAGCCAGGGGCUCAAGUAUAUGGGCAUGGGCGGUCUGAUCAAGGGCACCCCCAAGCCAGAGGCAGCCGAAGCAGCCGGCGCCACGACGCCCGAAGCACCCCAAGGAGGCCGGGCUAGGUCAGACAGCAAGCCCGGCGUGAGCCGGCGGCCGACGUGGGUCGAGGCCCUCGGCGGGCGGGGCAACGAGGCGCAGAAGGAGAAGAAGAAGAACGUGGCGGAGCAGGAGCAGGAGGACGACCGGCACAUCCGGUUCACGAUCGACGGCGUGGGCCAGCGCAUGACCAAGGAGAACUUCAUCACGGAGAUGCGCAAGCUGGACAAGAGCACGCGCAAGGAGGUCAUCGAGCAGUCCACCGCCUCGGAGCGCGUCAAGACCCUCGCCAAGCAGGAGGCCAACACCCCAGCAGAGCCCAAGUCCGCCCGCGGCAAGGCCAUCAGCUCGCCGCAGCCCGUCGCCGGCCCCAGCUCCUCGGCGGCCCCGGGCAGCUCCUCCAAGCAGAAGGCGGCCGCCGCCGCCGCCGCGUCACCCGCCAUGGCCGGCGGGCUCGCCGAGGGCGACUCGGGCUCGUCGCGCUCGAGCUCGUCCAAGGCCAAGGGCCGCGCCUCGCCGCCCGGCUCUUCGUCGUCCGGCAACGUGUCGCCCGGGGACGACGGGCAGCAGCGGCGGCACAGCGAGGACGCGCCCUCGCACGACGAGCCCGAGACGGCCGUCGAGCGGCGCCGCAGGCUCGCGGUCCUCAAGGGCCUCGGCGGCGGUGACGGCGACGACGACGACGGAGAGGGCGACGCUGGUGAGACGCCCGCUGAGAGGCGGCGCAGGGAGGCGGCGCUCGGUGGCGAUGGGGAGGAGGAGGACAGCGAUGAUGACGACACGCCGCGGGUACCUCCUGCACGGCGAGGCAUCAGGUUUGCCGAGCCGGAGAGAGGGCGCAAGUAAGGCUGGUGCAAGUGAAAACAAACGACAACCAAAAAUGAGCGUGGGCAAACCCGCGGGGUGGUGUGCGCGCAUAUCCGAUCUGCCUCCCCCACCUCCCACCCCCAACCUUCUCCGGGUCUUUCUUGGGGGAUGCCUGUUAUUGUGUGUUUAAUGUCUUGGGCACCGGUCCCGAGGCUCGAUGUGUGCGCGCGUCGGGACUCCGUUCGGCCGGGCCUGUUCAUUGCAUAGCGACGGGGAUUCAGAACGGCUUGCUUUCUUCUCUAGAUGUCGACUGAGUACUUACUUCUUCGGCUGUAGCUAUAUCUCCUUUUUAUUAUAGGCAUGAGCUCGGGACGGGCACGAGUAUGGGUGUUUAUGAGACCCGUUUACGCAUAGUUAAUACAUUCAAAAUCUAGACUGUUG